AUGAAGUUCAGUACUAUUUUGUUUGCCUCCUCUGCUGCUGCAUACAACACCACUGUUAUUGAGACCAUCACUUCUUGCUCUGGUGGUUGCACUCACACUAGUGGUGUUUUGAGUUCCGUCAACAGCACUAUUGCCAGCUCUCCAGCUACCUCAGCUGUCAGCUCAGUUGUUAGCUCCGCCCCAGUUAGCUCUUUGUCUAGCUCCAUUGCUGCUACGAAUGCUACCAACGCAAGCAUAAGCACUUUUGUUGGUGCUGGUGUUCCAGUUGGUCAUGCUAACGCCUAUGUUGCAGGUGCUGCUGCCAUUGCUGCAGGUGCUAUGUUGCUAUGA